AUUUUCUGCUCAGAUACCUCUUGAGCAAUGAAGUUGAAACUUCACAUGCUUGUUUCAACUACUGAGGGCACUCUAAUUUGUUCAAGAGACUCAAAUACGUUUUUGUCGAAUAUAAAUUUUCUGACUUUUGAGCUUUUAUUUACCUUCAUUUUACCUUUGCAGUUUUUGGCCGUAUUUAAAGCUGAAAUAUUUGUUUGACAAUUCUAAUAAAAUGUGGUACUUUUUCAGUUUAAACACAUUCAUGUUCCGUUCUUUGCGAUGCUUUAUUUUAUUUAUCUUUUUUUUACCUUUACCUUUUGACAUUGUAUGGCUCUGCCAUAAAUGACAUACUGCUUCUUUUUUCAUUAGAUUUGUGUGUCAGUCUUUAGUCCUCUGUUGUUUUUUCAGAUACUAUUUGAAUAUCAAUGAUUCCAUGCACUGGUUAUUUGUCUUUUUUUCACAUUUGACAUUCUUGACUAUGUAUAUACCAGUGUACCUAGGGUGCCGUGCAGUAUUACUACGUUUUGCAUGCACGGACAAUCAACUGCUCUUGAUGACCGAAAGAUUUCAUCUUCGACUUUUCAGACAUGGCUGAAGUGUUGAGCCUGAAAGCUUAAGAAGUCUGGCCUCAUUCUCUGAUCAAGCUCUGGGAAUUCUUUCGGAAAAAUCACUGGACACAUAGAGUCGAAACCUUAGGAAGAUGUGUAGGACUAUUAUGAUGGGCCAGGCAAGCAACCGCCAUCUAAUCAAAUAGUCCCCCCCUAGACUAUAUGAUGCUGUCUCAACUUCUGAGUGCUCUGCUUCUGAUGCCGUUUGCAUCUUGUUCAGAUGUUACAUUGAACGGAUCAUCGGAAUACGCAGUCCUGGCGAAGCCGUUCCAGUUUACCUGCACUACAACCAAUUCGUCUCUUGCAAAUCUUCUGAUCUUCAAAAGGAAUAACGACAUUGUUUGUACCGUGUCUCUAAAGCGCUGUGAACAAUUUAGCGCUACUCCUGGGUACAUAUGUGGCUGUGGGUCGAGUGGGGAUUAUUACAUGACCAUCACCAUGAUCAGACUGUGGGACAAUGCAAGUUGGGCCUGUCAACAUAAAGAAAAGAGUGAAAGCCUCUUACUUCCUGUCUACUUUGGACCUGUUGGAGUCAACAUAUCUGGAAACAAUCAAGUUAUUGCCACUGACGACCUAACCCUUAUCUGCACAACAACCAGUUAUGUCAGCCCCACCCCAGUCUUGACCUGGAGGAACUCCACAGAUGGGUCUGUCCUCUCUGGUUCCAGUUCAGUUCCAGUGGGACCAGCACAUGAUGGGGGCUAUGUCUACAGAUCCACCUUGAUCCUCACUACCCAGUGGUAUCAGGAUAACAACACUAUCACGUGUGAAGGUAGCAGCAUAAAGACACAAGACAACGUCUCGGAGUCAGUCCUCCUGGACAUAACAUAUCCCCCUCAAAACAGACCAAGCAUAUAUGGUAUUGAAAACACUCCGCUAUACGAAGGGGACACCAUAACACUAAUGUGUCGCGUGACUGGCGGGAGACCUGUCGUCAGCAAAAUCAUCUUUACCUGUCCUGAAGCCAGUCAGAAUUCAACAACAACAAAUAACGGCAGUGACACAAGAGUCACAAGCCUUACUUUUUCCGUGACGAGGAAACUAACAUCUGAACAUUGUCUUUGUUCUGCUGAACAUUCAACCGGGAAAUGUCUACUUACCGCCAACAUUACUAAAGAUGUCUAUUAUCCCCCUAUUAUAGGUACCGUGUCCGUAUUUCCGACUCUACCUUGGGUGGAAGGUGGGAAUGGUUCCCUGACGUGUGUCCUCAGUGAUGUUGGUAAUCCUGAAGCGACAUACAUAUGGUACAGAAAUAACAUCACAAUUCUCAACACCAAUCAAAUUUGGCCGUUGUCAGCCCUGAAAGACUCAGAUAAUUCUAUAGAUGUCAAGUGUCAAGCUGAAAACCAAUUUACAAUUGACAAACAUCUUUCUUUGGAAUCUCCGCCUGUUACUCUCAACGUCUUUUUUUCUCCGCAAGUUGAAAUCUCCCCGCCUGUGAGAGUCACGGUUAUUGAAGGUACACCACUCAGUGUGAACUGCACAUCUACGAGUAACCCACCAACACCACCAACGGGAUAUCAGUGGGCGUUUGAGUCAGGCAUUGAGUUUAAUGGGUCAUUGCUGUUCAUAUCUAAUGUCGACAGAAGCGAUCAUGGAGAGUACACGUGCAAUGCUACAACACAAGCGGGGUCGUUUGGAACAAUGUCUGGGUCGGAGACGAUUGAUGUUAUUGUCAACUAUGCCCCUGACGUAUCAGGGAAUAACGUCACACAGAAUGAGACAAAGCGAGCUACAGUAAGAUGUCAAGCUGAUGGACGACCCGGAAACGUCACUUUCUCUCCUUUUGUACACACGUGGAGGGGCCAAUUUAUACGUAAUGUCACAGGAACGAAAACGGGAGGACAAUAUGAGAAAAGAUUCACAUCGCGUUUUGAAGACUCUGGCUUGUACGCAUGUGAGGUGACUAAUGGAAUUGCUGACAUACGGGGGGAAAUUCAACAAGUUGCCAACAUAUCAGUACAAAUAAACGCCUCCCCUAAACUCGCCGUUGGAAUGAGGAGGGACGAACGUUUUGGCAAAGAGGUAGGAGACAGCGUGACGCUGUUCAGGACGUUCUACAUCCAACCGAGAUACACAAACUACUCCUGGCUUAAAGGAGAACAGAGACUGUCCAGCAGAACGCACGUUGUUGAGACCCCCGUACAGCUUGAUAUAUACGGGGUCAUAGUCGAAGACAUGGGCUUUAAUUUUACCCUCAACAUUGGUGGUUUUGACAGCAAGCUUGACACAGGACGAUAUGCAUUAACGGUGUGUAACGUUAUCAACUGUCAAGCAACCACAAUUGUUCUUGUGGCUGCAGGAGCCCCCGAUCAACCCACACAAUUCAGAAGUCUGGAAAACGUAUCAACAAAUGCUGUAUGGUUGUCAUGGCAACCGAGGUUUAACGGAGGUUUCCCUCAACAGUUUGUGGUAGAGUUUCGCAAGUGGGGUUCACAGGCAUGGACGUACUUCAACACCUACAGUGAUACAGGGGCUAAACAAGUUGUGAAAGUAGACAACCUGCACCCGGGAGAAACAUACGAGUUCCAAUUACAUGCCAUGAAUACCAAAUAUGAAUCCGAGGAUCGUGUUUCACUUAAGGCUAAGACACUAAUGGAUGCACCAAACCAUGAGACACCAGCUGAUAGAACACUAAUCGUUGGUGUGGUGGUUCCUGUACUCCUAUUGGCCAUAAUCACAGGUGUCAUUACCGCAGUGCUAUGGAAGAAAGGAUGCACAUGCGUCAACACCGAAAACGAACAUAUGCCAUCCGAAAGCGUUCAAUCGGAGGACACUGAGAGCACACCCUUUAUCUACAUUGACGACAUCCCAGUGGCAACUCCGAAAUACUCACACUUACAAAGACCUAUCACUGUGAGCUACACAGAGCUGGAGAUAACCAGUCCAGACAGCAGUGAGUAUGUGGCCCCAUGUAUACUCAUCUGA